AUGGUUAGAUCACCAGAGAGAGGAGACGGACACGAUGACUAUGACGGGUAUGAUAAUGAAGAUAGAGCGAUGUCACCAGUAGAUCGUGAAACCGAUACCAAGUCAUCGUCAUCCUCUUCAAAGCCUGCCGGUAUGAGUGACGAAGAUUGGAAGAACAGAGGUAAUUCACUACAUGUCGCCGGUUUCAGUUUGAAGCUAAAAGAUGAAGAACUAAAAGAUAAAUUCACUUCUUUUGGAAAGAUUUUAGAAUGUGUAGUUAUGGUCGAUCCAAACACCAAGAUUUCAAGAGGAUUCGGUUUCAUUACAUUCGGAUCUGCCGAUGAAGCUGACGAAGCCAUUCGUAUUAUGGAUGGUUCUAAAAUUGAUGGAAACGUCAUCAAAGUAUCAAAGUCAAAGAGAUCAAAGCCAAGAGAUAGUACACCAGGUGAAUAUAUGGGAAGUGAUCGUAGAAAGAGAAUGGCACCAAGACCAUAUAAUCCUUACCCAUAUCCAUAUCCAACCAAGUAUCCACCCUAUCCACCACCAUACGGAGGUGUCGGUGGUUACUAUGGUUAUGGAUCGUAUCCAUAUCAGUAUCCAACUGCUACCACUGGAUACGGUGGUGGCGGUGGUGGUGGAAGUGGUAAAUCGAGCUACGAUCAAGGCAGAUAUUCACCAUAUAUGAGAGUGGACAGCAGUUCUAGAUACGACAGAUCGACUCGAGACUAUGAUAGAAGCGAUCGUGAUAGAAGCGACCGUGACAGAGACAGAGGAAGUGAUCGUGAUAGAAGUGAUCGUGACAGAGACAGAGAUCACACCCGUGGUAGAUAUGAUUGA